AUGAAGACAAUAGUAAUUACUAGAGAUGCAAGAGAAAUUGAAGAAGAUACAAUUAAUUUAAUUAAAGAAGAAAAAGAAAUUAAUAUUUUAGCAGAUAAACAGUUAUGUAAUAUUGAAAGUAAUAUUUUUUUUAAAACUCAAAUUAUCAAUUUUUAUAAAAAAUAUAAUCAAAAAAGUAAAACUAAAUUAAUUGAUAAUAAUUCUAAAAAUAAUGAAAUACUUACACAACAUGAUAUUGAAGUAUUUUGUUUUAAGUUUAAUACUUUUAAUUGCUGCUUAUCUUGGAAAUGUACUAAAAAAAUUAAUCAUGAAGUAGCUAUAAAAAAAUGGAAAAAUGUUUAA